GUCAUCUAGUGUCAGACGCACAGUAUUUAAAAUACAUUUCCCACAAUGCAUCACUCCUGUCAUAUGCGGAAGGCGUACAGUUAUAAAGUUCAAUGUGCUUGCAACAGUUUUACACAAAUUAUUAGCGUAAAUAUACAAGAAUUAAAAUGACGAACAAGAAGACCAUGCAGUUUUCUCAGAUCGUCUGGAGAGUUUGUAAUUUCUUCAUGUCUCUGUUUUUCGCAUUGGCAUCUUACGUGCAGAUAAAUGAUCCAGACGCUGUUUUGUGGAUGAUUGCUUAUGCUAUUCCAGCCGGAUUGUGUUUUCUGAUUUGCUGUCAACAACAAAUAACAGAGACAUUAUUAUGGAGGAGAAUUGCUGAUCUUCAUGUGCUUGUAUCCACUGUAUUUGUGUUUUUACUGGGCUGGAAUCUUCAUAAAGUCAAAAUUACAAACAUCUUCCAACAAGAGGAAGGAAGGGAAUUUUCUGGACUUCUGCUCACGGUUUUCUGGUUGCUGAUGUGCAGACAUUCAGGAAGGGGCGCUGUCGGCUCUCUCAGGCUGUUCACUGCUGUGGGAAUCACUGUGUUUCCAUUCAUCGCAUGGAUGUAUUACUACAUAAACACAGAACUGAGAUCAGAUUGGCCUGAACACUGUACAACUGCAAUUUAAACCUUAACCCUGAACAAAUCACAUUAUGGACCAAAAAUAAAACAAAAAAACCUGAGCACUGUAUUAUCUCUAAAAAAAGUGUUUUAAAAGAGCUCUCAAAAUGACUUUACAAACUUUAUAGAUCAAAGCUACAUUUUUGUAGCUUAUAAUGUUUUAGGGAAAAGGAUAUCACAGCAAAUAUUUACAUAAUAAGAACAAUCUGAAUAAUCAGCAUAUCAUAAAAUUAAUUUCAUGAAAAAGUUAUUUGACCAACAAACCUAUAAAUUGCAAAUACUUAGAUUAACAUUACAAACGAUACCUUACAAGUAACAUUGGAUGGUUGUUUACAUAGCUUACUGUCUGUGCCCACAGUAUAGACAAUAUGCCAUUAUGUCUGUUUUAUCAUAUAUACAUUUAGUUUUAUGUUUUGGUUCACACUCUCAUAACAACCCAGUUAUCUCUGACCUUGUAUUAUAUCUCACAUUAAUUAAAAGCAAGACAUCAAAAUGA